AUCGAACAUGCCAAAAGUACGCCGAAGCAAAAAAACGCCUAAAGAGGGAAGGGAACUCAACGACCCAACACUAGAUGAGCUGGCACAAAAAAUGGGGGAAGUUGAAAUUGAGUCGCAUGAAGACAAACGAAGAAGUGAAUCGCUGUGGCCAAUUUUUACAAUUGCCCACCAGAGAUCAAAGUUCGCUUAUGACCUAUUUUGCCGACGAAAAGCGACCAUUCGAGAACUGCAUGGUUGCUGCCUCCCUGAAAAUACUGCUGAUAAAAAUUUAACAGAGAAAUGGAGGAAUCCAGACUAUAAAAACUUAUGCUGUGUGAGGUGUACUGAGGAUACGAAUUUCGGGACGAGCUGCAUUUGCCGGGUGCUUAAGGGCAAUUUAGACGCGGAUCUAAUAGUGAAGUACGGUCUCUCUGAAUGCAGGGGAUCUUGGGGAUAACUAAUUUAAUUGGCUAAUUUUAAAGAUUG